UAUUCAUCCAACAUUACAAGGCUCCUUCCAUUUCUUCUCAUCACAUAGCUAAUUAGCCCUUUGGGUUUUUUCUUUCACCCUCUGCAACAAGUUUUGGAAUUUGGGUAGAUGCCUGCUUCUGGUGCAUCAUUGGACCGGAAUUGGCUUCUGGGGUUGCUUGGUUUGGGAGAAAAGGGAGCAUCUAUUUCUGAUCAUAAUAUCAAAACUUGGCUUCAGAUAUUGUUCCUCACACUUGUGAUUGGAUUCUGUUGUCUGUUGUAUCAGUUAGCCGAAGACAGAGAAAGCAAUCACAGUGUAAAUGAGGUUGAUGAGUUGGAUGAAUUCGACAACUUUUAUGAGUCCUGGGAGAGAGAGCAGGAACACCCCAAUGGUCAGUUAGACCGUUACUUUGAUGAGGAGGAUUCUCACCGGACCACCGUGUCCGGCGGCGGUGAUGGGAGGAGAGACGGUGGCUGUGCCUUUUGUGGAAAUUUCACUACCACAAGGUGCUCUCGCUGCAAGUCUGCUAGAUAUUGCUCUAUGAAAUGCCAAAUUAUACAUUGGAGAUCAAUUCAUAAAUAUGAAUGCUAUGAAUCAAAGAUUGCAGCAGAUAAAGCAAAAACAACUGAUAAUGAAAGAACCUCAGAGGUUGUUGAGAAUUCUGAAAUGGAGAGUGCCUCUAAUGCUUCCACUGUUGAAGAUAGAGUUCUGUGGAGUCCAGAAUCAGAUAUGGCAGUGAAAGUUUCCAGUGGUAACCAUGUUAACAAUUUGAAUGGCUGUAAACUAUGUGCUAAGCCAAGUACCACAAGAUGUUCACGAUGCAAAGCUGUGCAAUACUGCUCAGUGAAGUGCUUGAUCAUGGACUGGAAAAGGCAUAAAGUGGACUGCAAUGCAAGGGUGGAUUCAGCUCCAACAGAAAGACCCCACGAACAUGUUGGAAUGCUCCAGAAUUCAUAUGAAGAGGAAGAUAAUAUUCAAUCAUUUGGUACCCUUUCUUUGGAGUGUCAUCCAGCAGGAAGCAAAAGUUUCAAGUCUCCGACUGAAGUAUCAGAGGAUCCUACCAACAGAGUGUUAUUAUAUCUUGAGGACGAAGUAGCAAAGUCUAGGAAUGAGACUUUAUUAUUACAAUCAGAAGUUGAUGAGUGGAAGAGUCUAGCAAAUUCUGAGAGAGAAAAAUUUCAAAGCCUCAAAAAACAAUCAAACUACCAGAUGCUUGUGUUGAAGAAGGAAAAAGAAUCAAUAUCAGAUGCAGAAAAGAAAGCUUACCAAGUGAUUCAUAGUUUAUAUAAAAGGCUAAACCACUUGCAGAAUGCAGUGCAAGAAAGCAAUGCGGAGAAGAGAAAGCUAGAAGAACAUGUACAAUGUUUAGAGAGUGAAUGUGCUGACUUGAAGAAAGUACUGCAAGAAGAGCAUAGACGUGCUCAACGUCUUACAGUGGAAUCUGGCAAGAAUCAUGAAGCUGCAAAAAUAGCCAUGAAAGAAGUUGAAGCAGUAAGACAGGAGAUACAAGAAGAGAGAGAGCAUUCCCAACAUCUUAAGGAGAAUUUUCGCAGAGAUCUUGUAUUUGCUGAAUCUAGAGCUGCAAUUGCUGAGGAAAAACUCAGUGAUCUUUAUAGGAAAAUCAGAACGUCAGAUUAUAAGAUUUGUUCUGUAUGCCUCUUCAAUGACAAGGACUUGGCCUUUGGAUGUGGACACAUGACUUGCAGAGACUGUGGAUCAAAAUUAUCAAGGUGUCCUAUAUGCCGGGAGCAGAUCACAAACUAUAUCAAGCUGUUUCCUGGUUGACAAAGUUUGGAUGUUUAUAUAGUAUUUUCUCUGUGCUCCAAAUAUAUUCUGUAUAUAUAAUAAUCAUGUAACAGUUUUUCACCUGUUACAUCCCUUUCACACCUUUUCUUAUGGUUCUUCAUGUACAGUCAGUUUACUCAUACCUUGCUAUUACAUACUUUAAUGUACAACUACAAAGUUUGUUGACUAGAAUUGUGAAGUUACCACCAUAUGCCAUUGGAAAAUAGUCAACAGAAGUAAUCUAAGCCUCUCAGACAUGGCUCAUGCAGUGUUAUAUGGUGUCAAAUGGAAGAUGACCUUCGCAACCUUGCACCAGUUGUACUCAUCUAGUUCCUCAUGUCUUCUUUUAUCCCAGACAAAAAGGAACAUGUAUAUAAUGAUAUUUUCAACUGACCAUUGAAUAUAGAUCAGGUUGUUUUGAAUACCUAUGUUUUCAACAUUUCCACUGCAAGAAUUUUACAUAGCCUAGGUGAAUUUUUCAUCUGAAUAAAUGUGUAAUCCCUAGUCUGCAGAGUUUUCUGCUCUGUUGCUACUGCUUUUAUUACC